GCCCUUAAAAUUGGCAUCUACUGACAAAGAAUUCACUGCUCAUGCACUCAUCUCCUCAGCAAAUAGACUCAAUUGCCGACCCCAUUUAUAGAUAGAUUGCAGAUUUCUAGAGCUAGUGAAGAGCAGUUGCAGCGGUUUAGCCGAGUAGGACUGAGUGCAGUGACUGAUCAGUUUUCAAUCCUAAAAAGAAAACCCACCACGAAUAAACUGCCACAUUUUAUAAAGCCAGACGUUUUCAUCUAAACCACUGAUUUUCACGCACACGCGCCUCCACUGAUUGACCUUUUUCAUAUUCUUUCUUUUUCUUCAUAAUUUUUUCUCACAAUAUUCUGUAAUACUCCUUGGGUUGUUUCAAGAAACUGAAACAAGAGUAAAGGGUGGAUAAAGGGGGAAAAAAGAGCCUAAAGUGUAGUGGGUUGUGAAAAAGGACAAAAACCCACUACGAGGUAGAGAGUUAAAAAAGUACUACUAAUAGGAGCACUAGAACAGUGAAUCAGACUUUCUAGACUUUUAUUUUAUUUUUGGGGGGUAUUAUUUAAUUUUUCUUUUUGUUGAAUAACUGCUGAUAUAUAUGUUGGUCUUUGUCUGCAUGUAAGGCUUUGGGUCUUUAUGAUGCAAAGAAAUCGUUUUGCUGAAAUAAUACAGUGUGAGGAUUCACAAAGAAACAAAAGAGGGGAAAAAGCAAAGUGAGAGAAAAAAGAUGACCAAAGACCUCUAUAGGCCUUUGUGUGAUUAUUUUUUUUGUUGCUUGUGUAAAUGUUUGGUCUUGAUGAUGACUAUUGAGGUUUCAUGUCGGUUCUCAGAUAUGAGGGAUUCUUGCUGAAAAAAAAUUGCCUUUUUUUUUUUUUUUUAAUCUUUCUCUUCUUCUUUGGAUCCUUACUUUAUGGUAGAGUUGUAAGUUUCCAAGACAAAGAAAACAGUUUCUGGGGUUGGUUAAAAAUUGAAUCUUGAGCUUUAGAGUUUAUGUUAAUGGUGGAUUCAAGCUGAAACUAAUCAAGGAAAAAAAAAGAUCUUUGUGCUAAAGAAAAGUUCAAGAAUAUCCAAUAACAAAGUUAUAAUGGCAGAUUAUGGUUCUUUACCAUCUCCAACAGAUAACUGUAGAAAGACCUCUUCCUCUUUUUUUGGUUCACCAAGGUUGUUCACUGGUUUUGCUACAAAGGGCUUUCCUGAUACUGAGUCUAUUAUGAGUCCUACUUCAAUACUUGAUAGUAGUAAACCUAUCUCUGCUUUUAGAAACCCUUGUUGGUCUGAUUCUAACUCACACACUCCAAGAUCCCCUAAACCAGAUAGUAGAGUUCAUUGGGAGAAGCUUGACUCAAAAGGGGUUGGUCUUGGCCUUGUUGAUGCUCUCAUUGAUGAAAAAUCUGAUUCCAAAGAAUUGAAUCCUGUGAGCAGAAUGGUUGUCUUUGGCUCACAAUUGAAGAUUCAGAUCCCUACAACAUUGCCUCCCUUUUCUAGUUCCCUUACUGAUUCACCACCUUCUCCUGGUGAUUUUGGUAUAAAGACUAGAAAUUCCCAGUUGGGUUCUUUUUCCCCAUCUCCUAUGAAGAAAUCUCCAUUUGGGUCCUCAAAUUCUAACAUGGACAUCCCAAAUUCACCAGGGGCAUUCAGUAGUCUCUCUGCCGCUGAGAUGGAGCUUUCUGAGGACUACACUUGUGUCAUUUCAUAUGGUCCAAAUCCACGAACCACUCACAUAUUUGAUGAUUGCAUUGUUGAGAGCUGUUGUGGUGUUGUUAAGUACUCUGCUUCAAGAAAAGAAAAUGAGCAUUUUCCCAGUCUGCCAAUGAGCUAUCCCUAUCCCUAUCCCUCUGGGAGCUUUCUCAGCUUCUGUCACUCUUGCAAGAAAAAUCUUGGAUUAGGGAAAGACAUUUACAUGUACAGAGGUGAGAAGGCAUUUUGUAGCAGUGAUUGCAGAUACAAAGAAAUGAUGUUGGAAGAGGGAAUGGAUAAACCAGAGACCGAUGAUGUAUAUGGUAUUAUUUCCUGAUAGUAACUGAGUCACUCAAGGCUGAUGGCAAGUUUUAUCUGUAGUAGCAACUUGCAAAAAAGAAGUGAAGGCUUUAGACUUGAGUGACUAUUGCAGAUUCAAAAACUGUUUUUUGUAAAUUGGCAUAAUUGAAUCUGUUUAGAUGUAUCUGUCUUUUUUUGUUUUUUGUUUUCGGUUUAGGGGUAAGAAAAUGUCUUUGUUGAGGAACAGGAAAGCUGAUGAGAUAAUAUUAAACUGAUUGAUGAAUUUUUAUUUGAAAGAAAAGAUGUAGUAGGUGAUUAUGUGUCUGACACUACUUUGUAUGCUUUUUUAAAGUUUAUAUAAUGAUGUUGAUUGAUGA